GGCCAGACCGCACUCUCAACAAGUCUCGACACUACGAGACGCCUCGCUGGCCGCGCCUCCCCCCAAAGUCCUCUGUCCUCUGUUCCUCUUCUUGCCCCCACCCUCUCCUCUCCUCCGAUGGCGACGCUGCAGCUCAACCACAUCGCGCGGGAGACCUCCGACGUGGUCCGCCUCGCCGCCUUCUACGAGGCCGUGCUGGGGUUCGAGCGCAUCCCUUCGCCCACCUACUCGGGCUUCCAGGUCGCUUGGCUCCGCCUCCCGAGCUCCCCCGACGUCGCGCUCCACCUCAUCGAGCGGGACCCCGCCGCGGCACCCGCCGCCGUGGGGCCUGGCGCCGAGGGCGCGCCGCCGUCGCAGCUGCCCCGGCGCCACCACCUCGCCUUCUCCGUCGCCGACUACGACGGGUUCGUGACCGGGCUGAAAGCGCGGGGCACCGAGGUGUUCGAGAAGACGCAGCCAGACGGGCGCACGCGCCAGGUCUUCUUCUUCGACCCCGACGGCAAUGGCCUAGAGGUUACUAGCGCUGGUGCAGGCAGUGCUAAGUGAACAGAGACCAUGUUUUGCAGUACACUUCUGUUUUAUCGUGUAAUACCUCGGCAAACACUGCCUGCAAAAUGCGAUGGAAACUGGAUAUGUUCUUGGGUCAAGCUUCGUUCCGUAAAAUAAAUAAAUCCGAAGCUCUGCUCACACUGUUGUUUGGUUGAGACAAGGGCCUGCGUUCUUGCUGCAUCUCAUCCAAAAUGAUUGUAAUCCUAACAAUGUCUAGUUAAUAAAGUUCUCGUGUUGCACUCAAAAUGUUGUAAGAUGUAACAUCGCUCCGUACGUGAUUGGAUUUCCUGCAUGACAAUUGGCAAA